CAGAGCUACUCAUUGAAAAAAACAAAAUGGCACAGCAGCAGACAGAAAAUGUGGCUUGUAAAAGUGGAAAGAAAACAGAAACAUUCAGCUUUGGACCAUGGGCAAUAACCAGUACGAAAGCACACAUCUCUAAGACAGACGUGGUAUCCAAGCAUGAAGAAGAGUUAGGGCUCCCUCAGCUGCCAGAGAUGACGUUUGGGGACAACGUCCUUCGCAUCCAGCACUCCUGCGGGUUCGGGCUAGAUUUCAACACCAUAGAUGCUCUCAGAACGGUAGACAACAAGCAUGAUACGAUGAAAGUAGCGGCUGCUGAUACAUGGAGAGAGGCAAGGAGCGAUUGUGAGUUUAUCUCGAAGGUAAUUAAGCCAUUCGAUUGGACAUACACAACCAGCUACAAGGGUACCAUCGUAGACUCAAAUGGAAGUCAUAAGAUCACAGAGACGGAUGAACGGAUAGAUAUUGAAAAGCUGAAAGUUCGAGAAAAGAUCUUUUUCUUUGAGGACAUGCCCCUCUUCGAAGAUGAAUUGGCAGACAACGGUUGUGCUAUACUCACUGUGAAAAUGAGAGUAAUGCAAACCAGUUUCUUUCUCCUGAUGAGGUUCUUCUUAAGAGUCGAUGGAGUUCUCGUCCGCAUCAACGAUACAAGGUGCUACCAUGAGGCUGGUACGAAUUACAUCCUGCGCGAAUACAGCAGCAAGGAGAAAUCAAUUUCGGCACUCGGACUCGAACCUCACGAACUGCAGGACCCUAUAAAACUCAACGAAAUGUUGGACACUGUCACACAGACGUAUGAAAAGCUCGAGUUCCAAGCCAGUGCGGAAACUUGAUGGUAGACCCUCGUUCACCUCUACCAUGAACUUGGACACCUUCGCAUGGGAUGCGACACGUUCUUUCACUGAAAUCCUUGUGUUCAUUGAUAUAAAGUGGUGUAUGCGGAGGGUCCAGCUAAAAGAAAUGCUUGAACUACGAAAGAGCAGACGGAUCUUAAGACUUGGGGUGAUUCUCCUCUGAACAUCAAGCUCAAGGAUUUUGAUAAGUCAAGUGAUUACCAGUGCAUCCGUGCAGUCAGAAGCCAUAGUCAGUAUUGUCCUUGAUUGACUAUUACAAGACAGAGAAGUUGGAGAUUGUUUUUUGUUGGAAUAGGCCUUUUUUCGCUAUGUAAUAACAAUUUGUUAAGUGCCUCGUUACAAAUUAUUUCAUUCACCUGUGACGAAUAAUUGUAUUUCAAUAGUCUGAAUGCAGUAUUGCAUACAUUCUGUGUUGUUAGGUAGGGCAAGCCCUAAUGUUUGUCCUACCUAGCAACAAUCAAUGCAUGCAAUGUAACAGGGGAAUGAAAUAAUUUUUAAUGAGGUACUUAACAAAGAUUUAUGCAUUGAAUUUGAUUACAUUCAGAAGUGGCCUAUCGUCUUUGAUUUAAUAUCACGUGACCAAGAGGUUGGACAGGGUAUUUUGGAAUUGCGAUUGAAUGAAAUAGAACCAUUUAGAUUUGCACAAGAGCUUUCACUAUGGAAUCAAGGGGAGGAGCGUCUUUGUCAAGAACAUGGUAUAGACCUGGGGGGUGUUUCACAAAACUUGUCAUCAGUGACAAAUGACAGUUGUUGUUAUAAGCUACUGAAAUCCUUGCUUCUGAUUGGUUAUCAACAGAUUUGUCACUGAUAUUAGUCAUUUGUCAUUGCAAAAAGGCCUUGUGAAACGGGUCCCAGCUUGUAGGUAGCACGUGGUACAAAUGACU